AUCAGGAAGCGUUUCUCAGCGUCUUCACUUCCCCGCUGUGUCCGAGCUCAGAGAUCUUCUUGUAAAGCUCCACAUAGCGGAACUGUGCACCAUGACCGCCUACAAGCUGGUUCUGAUCCGGCACGGAGAGAGCUGCUGGAACCAGGAGAACCGCUUCUGCGGCUGGUUCGACGCCGACCUGAGUGACACUGGCAUCCAGGAGGCGCGGAGAGGCGGCCAGGCGCUGAGAGAAGCAGGUUAUGAGUUCGAUGUGUGCUACACGUCUGUGCUGAAGCGGGCCAUCAGGACCCUGUGGCUGGUGCUGGACGGCAUCGAUCAGAUGUGGCUUCCCGUGCAUCGCACCUGGCGUCUAAACGAGCGGCAUUACGGCGGCCUGACGGGGUUAAACAAGGCCGAGACGGCGGCCAAGCACGGGGAGGAGCAGGUGAAGAUCUGGAGGCGCUCGUACGACAUCCCACCGCCUCCCAUGGAGCCUGAGCACGACUUCUACUCCAGCAUCAGCAAGGACCGUCGCUAUGCCGACCUGACGGCAGACCAGCUGCCAUCGUGCGAGAGCCUGAAGGACACGAUCGCUCGCGCUCUGCCCUACUGGAACGACGAGAUCGUCCCACAGAUCAAAGAGGGCAAGAGGGUGCUCAUCGCCGCCCACGGCAACAGUCUCCGGGGCAUCGUCAAGCACCUGGAGGGUAUGUCAGAGGAGGCCAUCAUGGAGCUGAACCUGCCCACAGGAAUCCCCAUCCUGUAUGAGCUGGACAAAAACCUGAAACCUGUUAAGCCCAUGCAGUUCCUGGGGGACGAGGAGACGGUGCGCAAGGCCAUGGAGGCUGUGGCUGCUCAGGGCAAAGCCAAGAAAUAGAGAGAGAGAGAGAGAGAGGAAGACGUGUGGGAGGAGACGGCGGGAGACGGAGGUUUAUCAAACAUGUGUUUAGUCUUACGGUCCCUAAAGAACAUUAUCAGGGGUUCACACAAAGCUGAACUUAUUGGACAUCAUUCGGUCGGAAUUUGGAGCAAAUUUGAGAAAAUAUUCCUCAGCAGUAUUAAGCGGUUGAACCCCAGAGUGACCUGAGACAUCCUUGUGCAUUUAAAGUGCUGCAUUUUCCGUGUGCUUCAAUAGAACAGGCUCGGCUUUGCUCGGCGUUGGAAGCUCUACGGCAACGGUAUCCAAGCAACAGCACUUAAAGGACAACGGGGCAGCGGAUAAAUCCACCGUGUGUGUGUGUGCGCGUGUGUGUGUGUGUCUUUUGUAGAAAAGAAGCCGAAUGCGCUGUGUUCCAAAUUGCACCGUGACUCACACUGAGCAUCGCACGCCCACCCACAGCAUAGCACUUAAAAUACACACACACACAAAAUCAGAACAUCAUUUAAUAGAUUAUACCCUGGAGUUAAGCAUGAGGACCAGGAAUCACAACUUUUAGAGUUUUAAGGUGCGCUUUUGUCUCAACAGCUAAGCUUGUGUGUGUGUUACAUGGUGUGUAAAUCUGAUUGUAUUGUAUCUGAUUGUAUGUCGUCAUCCGGAAAUGCUCUAUAUUAAUCCAGGUAUAUGAAUGUGACUCCGUAAGCGUAGGUGUUCUGUUACGAUGCCUUGAUUUACUUCUGCUUGACUGAAUGUCUAAUUUGAACCUACACUGGAGUUUCUGUGUCUCACUUAAUAAAUGCAGA